ACUCAGUGACGUCAUCAGGGGCCGACCGAGUGCGGAGGAGGCCCCUGAAAGCGUGGGAGCGGUUGGUGGAGGGUGGUUCGGGGAGAAUGGUGUGGCUCCCAGUCCAGAGGCUCCUCCAGCCUCCUGCUGCCGCUGCUGCCAGGGGCAUGUGCUGCUUCUCAGGAUGCACGUUCUGUUACUUUCGGAAUUUGUCCAUCCAGCCUGUUCAACAAAGGAAGAUCCCAAACCGGUACCUAGGCCAACCUAGCCCUUUUACACACCCACACCUUCUCAAAGCAGGAGAAGUAACACCAGGAUUGUCACAAGUGGAAUAUGCUCUCCGCAGACACAAACUCAUGGCUCAGAUAAAUAAAGAGGUGCAAGGAAUGGACCAUACAGUGAUUCUGCUAUCAAAUCCCACCUACUACAUGAGCAAUGAUAUUCCAUACACAUUCCAUCAAGACACUAACUUCUUGUAUCUCUGUGGGUUCCAGGAACCUGACAGCAUCUUAGUGCUGCAAAGUGUGCCUGGAAAACCCUUGCCAUCCCAUAAAGCUCUGCUCUUUGUCCCCCGACGGGAUCCAAGUAGAGAGCUGUGGGAUGGGCCACGGUCUGGUACAGAUGGAGCAAUGGCUCUUACAGGUGUGGAUGAAGCAUAUGCCAUUGAAGAAUUUAGACACUUGGUGGCUAAAUUGAAAGAUGAAUCUUGUAUGGUUUGGUAUGAUUUUGCCAAACCGGUGCAUCCACAGCUCCAUUCUGAUUACCUACUCCACUUAGCUGAAGUCAAAGCUAGAAGCAAGAACCGAAUACGAUCCAUUCGGCACUUAGUACAGAAUUUACGCCUAGUUAAGUCUGCUGCAGAGAUUGAGAGGAUGAAAAUUGCAGGUGAAGUGACAUCCCAGGCAUUCAUAGAGACAAUGUUUGCAAGCAAAGCUCCAGUGGAUGAAGCAUUUCUGUAUGCUAAGUUUGAAUUUGAGUGUCGUGCUCGUGGUGCUGACAUUUUGGCUUACCCCCCUGUGGUUGCAGGUGGCAACAGAUCCAACACCUUGCAUUAUGUGAAAAACAACCAACGCAUCAAGGAUGGAGAAAUGGUUUUACUGGAUGGGGGAUGUGAGUUCUCCUGUUAUGUAAGUGAUAUCACCCGCACCUGGCCCAUCAAUGGCAGGUUUACCAGUCCCCAAGCAGAGCUGUACCAGGCUGUAUUGGAAGUACAGAAGUCUUGCCUGAGGCUAUGCUCUCCAGGUGUGAGUCUAGAGAACAUCUACAGUCUCAUGCUAACUCUCAUUGGACAAAAGUUGAAAGAUCUCGGGAUCCUGCAGAAAAGCACCAGUGAGAACCAUCUCUUCAAGGCUGUUCGGAAAUACUGCCCCCAUCAUGUAGGACAUUAUCUGGGAAUGGAUGUUCACGAUACACCUGAUGUAUCCAGAUCAAUUCCUCUCCAGCCAGGCAUGGUGAUCACCAUUGAGCCAGCUCUUUUCUGUCUUAUGACAAGGAGAGAUUUACUGCUGCUACUACUUCUUUACCCUCAUGGAAGUGCAAAACAUAGAACAAAGAAGUUACUGUUCUAGUUUGAUGUCUGCAGCAGCACUGCACUGCUGCAAUAAUAAGUAAGCAGUGGCAGAUCUCUUCUUGCCCACAGCAUGGACCCAGGAGAAGGCUUGAAGAAAUGUGACUGUCUACCAAAGCAGUUGUCCAUCACUUCCUGAGACAGAAGCAGCCAUUGUAGCUCGUGAAAAGCAAGGCAAAUAUAUGAACUGGGACUAAGCACUGAAAAUCUCUACCUGCUGUAUGAUGUCUACAUUUGUCCCUUUGUUUUUUAAGCACAUUGUGCUUCUGUUUCAGUGAAUGUGAUGAAUAAUUGCUCUCCUUUCUUGACUUAAUUUUAAUACAUGAAAAUAAUCAUGUUCUCUCUGAGUUACCAUUACUCUUACUAGAGAGCCUCAAAAUAUAGCAGGUUCCUGCCGAGACACACACAGCUGUUGAUGUGCAGUCUACUUCCCCUUUUGAUUUAAGUAAUGCAAUACAGCAGGAUGUUGGGUUUUUUAUUGUAUCAGUGCGGGAAAGAGUGGGACGUAUCUGCUUUUCAUGAGCUCCUAGAGUUUCUCCUCUAGUGUAGGCCCAAAUAACAUCCCUUUUUGAUUUUCAUACAUUUCCUUCAGAAUUGAAGGUUAGUGUUUUUCUUAGUUAAAAUCAGAGAUGAUUUUUUAGAUCUGGAAGUGCUUCUAGAUGGAGAGUUCCUAGGCUUAUCAAACACCUUUGUACUUAUUCUCUUCCUCAUCAAAUAUCAGAAAAGAAACAGUGGGAAAGCAUGAUAAAGUUAAUGCACCCUCUGUAAAAUUCCAUGAACAAAGCAGGAUAGUUGCACUGUAAAAACUUUAUCUAGAAAUAUUUUUUUCUAAACAGUGUUGUGACAUGCUGCAUUUGCACUGCAUAAUUUGCAAACCAAGAGCUUUAGUUUUUGAUCACCAGCUU